AUGGAAACGAACGUAUUCAGGCAUCUGCCAGGUUGGAUAAAUUUUUACGGCAUGUACAUCGCAGGUCAUCUCAGCCUGAAUGCUGCUCGGAAAUCGAUCGAUUACCGGAAAGACACAGUCAAUCUACGGGCAUUACCAGGGCACUGGUAUGCCACGAAUGCGGACCGACCGGCCAUCCGAGCUUGCGAACGGCAAAUAGGCAGGCACACUGGCCCGGACAUGGGAAGGCAAGCGGACAAACAAUUCCUACCAGUCACACCCACGAUCCUCCUACUCCUGCUUCUCACUCUGAUCACGUGGGUCCGGUUUAGCAGACAAGCUAUUUUUAGCCUGGAUAAUGGACGAAUCAGAGAAGGAAACGCUGGAGCAAAUCAGCUGAUUUAUCGGACCGGUCGUUCGGUAAUGUAUGCUGGGUUCGCUGCUGGCCUAGUUAUUAUGAUCGACUAUUUUAAUAAUGCUGACAGUUCUAAAGGCGGUUGA